AUGUUGAGGUACUGUAUCAAAGGCGCGUGCAAUAAUUUGAAAAAUACAGUAAGGUUCUCUCUGUGGAAGCUAAGCUCCGCCCACCGUUGUUUUCUCGGCCGCAACGUGCAUUUAUUUCGGACAAGAGUAAUAUUUUCAACGUUUCGCAUCACGAACGAUUAUAAUAGCAGAGGGUUCUCACGGAGUGGACUGUAUGCAAAUGCAAGAACUUCUGAAAAUAAGAUUUCAUGA